GCUGUUGUUUUUUACAUGUCGACUCUACUGACAGACUGAUACUGCCGGACAGUUUAGAGGAGAGAAAUCAUGAUGGGGUGCUGGUGCUCAAAGAAAAAGUCAAAAAAAUCUCAGCGACAUGAAGAAGAGAGAUUAAGAGCUGCUCAGGAAGACAAAGAAAGGGAACUCAAGUCUGUCAAUCAAAGUCUGACUGAAACCCAGGAUGAACUCCUUCAGGCGAGAACUGCUCUUGAUAAAGAAAGACAAGAACUGAACUCAGUUAGAGAAAGCCGGAAUGAAGCACAGAAUAAACUUCAACAUGCGAGAAACACGCUAAGACAAAAAGAAAAGGAAUUGGAAGCAGUAAAUCAACGUCUGGCAACAUCCCAGGAUAAACUCCUUCAGGCGAGAACUUCUCUGGGAGAGAAAGAUAAAGAACUGAGCUCAGUUAGAGAAAGCCGGAGUGAAAUUAAGAAUCAACUUCAACAGGCGAGAAACACUCUAAAACAAAAAGAAAGGGACUUGAACUCAGUCAAUCAAAGCCUGACUAAAUCCAACAAUGAACUCCUUCAGGCGAGAACUGAUCUGGAAAAGAAAAAUAAAGAACUGAGCUCAGUUAGAGAAAGGUACUGUUCACACAAGUCAAUGGGCCACAUUACAGUUUAGUCUUCAAGAUGCUUAACAGCUGAUGAUGUCAUAGAAAAUAAAAAACACAUCAACAUUUGAUGACUUUACAGCAGAAUCAGUGUUUAGAAGGAUUUUAUCCUGUUGUUUUUUUAUAUCAGCCAGAAAGAAACUGAAAACCAACUUCACCAGGCGAGGUCAGUAUUUUACUGGAUCUGUUGCUGCUGAUCACAAUCAAGAAAACAUUGUUUGGAACUGAUAGACAGUUUUUAAACUUGAAACUUUAAGACUGAAUGCUUUCCAUAUUCUUUUAAAAUUGUCUUUUUUCUUUCUCUAGAAACACUCUAAAACAAAAAGAAAAAGAAUUUAAAUCAGUCAAUCAAAGGUAUACUUCAGUAACAAGCCAAAAAGUUCACAUAACAUAUUGCAGGUCAUGCUGAUUUAAAAAUUAUGAAAGACAAUUUUACAACAAAUUGUUUUGUAAAGAACUUUUGUCUGUUUUGUAAACAGUCUGACUGAAACCCAGGAUGAACUCCUUCAGGAGAGGUCAGUGAUUCACAGAAUUGGUUUCUUUAAAUGCCAAUCACACUUUCUAUGAAUUGAUCACAGAAUAGGGUUAUCUUGAGAAAUGUUAAAGACAAACAGUAACAU